AUGUUUACAAAUUGUUUUAUCACUAUAUACGCUUCUUAUCAUUGGGUUGUCACUGAAAAUGGAAAAAUACAGUCGCAGGUGGAUAGUAGUGGAUUUCCACUUACCAAAAAUAAUGAUUUGUUUGUAUUCUUAGAACAAGAACAAAGACUUGCCACGAUAAAAAAUUUAUAUAAACAAUUGUUAAUACUAAAAAAAUCGAUUGAUAUUCAAAGGGCCAAAAUUGAAGGAGAAGAAGAUUUAGAAAAAAGACUGUAUUCAACUGACAUAGACUGUUUACUAGGCAGAGUGCCAUUAAGUAAACAUAAUUUAAAUACUGAAUUUUUAGAUUAUGGUCAAGGUACAAGGCCUAAAAUGAAAGACAAUUUUCAAAAUUUGGAACUUGAUUGCACAACAUAUUCAAAUUUAGAUUUUAGCAUGAGAACAUUUCCACAUUUAGACACAUUAAAUAAAAGAAAUAAUUUUAAUUUAACCGUUGAUCCAGUGCCUUCUAAAACAAUUUUUAAUUUUAAUAUCGAUGCCAUGCUUAGAAAUAAUAGUUCAGAUUGGACUGCUUACAAUAUAGCAUCCUUUUAUUGGAGAACUUUAGGAAAUGGGACCAAAGCUGUGGAGUGUGCGAGGCGAGCCGUUUAUUUCUCACCAAUGAGUGAGAGAUAUAUAGUGUUACUUAAUCUAGGUACUCUAUUACAAGAACUUCACAGUUUGGGAGAAGCAGCUAUAGUACUUCACAGUGCAGUCGAUCAUGAUCCUAUACAACAUAUUUCACAUUUAGCUUUAGGCAAUGUUUAUGCAUCUUUGGGUGAUUACAGAAGAUCCAUAGCUUGCUAUGAUAAUGUUUUAAGUUUAAAUCCUGGAAACAUUCGUGCACUCCAGCUUAAGCAUGCAUUACUUUGUCAAAAAAAGUUGGAAUCAGGAUUGUUAGAAAUUCAUGCGGCUCUUCAAAAUAUUUUAAAGGAUUUACAAAAGCACAAUACACUUCUUGAAAAAUGGUUAGAUUUACAAAAUCAAGUGAGUUGGGAAAAAGAUACUCAAGUGAAAGAAUUUUUCUCAGUGUCGCAACCAUUGUACCUUAACUUGCAAAUGUUGCUGCAAAAUGUGGAGCAACAGGUAAAAACUUUAAAUGAAGAAGUUAGUCAGAGAAAAGUUCCAGAGAAAAAGAAAAUGGAGUCAGAAAAUAAUCAUAUAACAUCGGAAACAAUCAUCGAUUGCAAUUUUGAAGAUUGUUCAGAAUCGGAGAAAACUAUGAGUGAUGAAAAAGAUAUAAUUCCAGAUUUUUUAUCAGAGUCUUCUGAAGAUGAUGAUAGUGAAAAAUCACAGAAAUUACUUAAUUCAAAUCAUAUGUUAAAAAAUGAAAUGGAUUCAUUAAUGGAUUUAAUUAAAUCAAAAUAUGAAGAACAAGCCAAAUUGCUUAAUUUGAAAGAAAAAAUUGAUGAACAUCACAAAAAAAAAAGAAAAGAGUUUAGCGAAGACAUGAAUUUUUUAUCAGACCAAUCAUUUUUAUUAAAUAGUAUGGAUGUAUGCAUGAAAGAUUCGAGUAAUGUUAAAAAAUUAAAUUAA